CCAGUCUGCUCCAAGAUCUCGAGGUUGUAGCUGUUGUCGUCACUCCAUACACACAGCUGAACCAAUAAUUGAAUUUCUCUUCUUGGGAUUGUGAAGAAUCUGCAGCCUAUAUUCCUUGGAAGCUCUCAUAAGCACCUGCCAACGUGUUUUGACGGUCUGUGCGGCUCUUGGCGAAGUAUCACACGCAUACAUACGCACACACACAGGUCGCGGCAGCACCCCAGUCAGAGGUUCCCGGCCGGGUGGUCUCCCUCGCCGCGGAUACAGCAAGUGUUGGUGUUGUGUUGUGUUGUCAGUGUACGCCUUCCGUGCCGCCACCAUGUACGGGGGGAUGAUGAGGGUUGCCAAGUGUCCUAAUGAGGAACUUUCCUUUACCAACUGCGUCAUUGUCAACGAAAAUGAUUUCCCGCUAAAGGUCAAGUAUAUUCAGGUAAUAGCAGACCAAGGUCGGCAGUUCAUUUACACCAUCAGACAUGACCGGGGAGUGAAGCCUGGCCACAUGGGGUUCAAUGCCAUCCAACGCAAGCAGGCACUUCUCUCCCUCGACCAAGAGGUGUGUCACAAUAAGUGUGCCUUAAGCUCAUCUUUUCAUUCAGGAUAGAAUAAGCGAAUCUUCUGAAUUUU